GGUGCCGAUCAGAAAUUCUAGGAACUUUUUUCAAAUAGGCGUAACUGUGUUUGACCUUGAAAUUUAAAAUGGCCAAUACUCUCUCAAUUCAGCAUAUUUCGUUCAGCUAACGCAGAUAAGUCGUUUUGAAAAUUUUGUCUUGAAAUAGCCUGGACUCCUAUAUAGGAAGAAAAAUAAAAUUGUUUUAGAUAAGAAACUUCAUCUACAAAAGGUCAAUGGAAGUGGAACGGCUAUGUAGAUUGUGCCUGCAAGAGGGCCCUGAUAAUGUGUAUUCCCGCAAUAUUGAAAGAGGAAAUGCGGAAGAAUCUUCAGAGACCAGCAUUGAACAACUUGUUCUGCAGUAUUUGCCAAUUCAGAUUUUUAAAACCGAAGAUUGUUCAUACCCAUACAUUUGCAUAGUAUGUAAAAAUCAGAUAAAGCAAUGGCAUCGGUUCUACAUAACAUGCGUCAAUAAUAACGAAAUCUAUCAACUACGAAUUUUGGAAUUAUUUGGCGGAACACAUGAUGCCCAACCAGAAGUAUCGUUUACCUUGAAAGAAGAAUCCACAGACAAUAUCUGUAAAAGUUGGAAUCUAGAUCAAACACUGAAGUUUGAAACGGUUGAAGUUAGAACGCUCCCCAUCAAUGAAUUAUCAUACACCGAACCGGAGGAACCUCCAAAGAGAAAGCGUGGUCGACCAAGAUUGAACACGAGUGAGAAAAAAACGGAAUUAUCGACAACCAAAAAGCGUGGCCCACCCACUUUGAAAUUAAAGAAGAAAAAAUUGUCACCUUCCUCGGACAAAAAGCGUGGAAGGCCAAAAAUUAAUCAUGAGCCGAAGAAGUACAAACCCCGCCCUAAGAUGUGUCCCAUUUGUGGAAAGUUCUUCACGGUGUUACGCGAGCAUAUUCGAAAUCACAACAAUGAUCGCAAGUAUCAGUGCUCGUACUGUGCGAAAACGUUCAUUGGAAGGAGCAAUUUUUUCACCCACGUGAACAUCCACACACGGACCAAGUGGUACAAAUGUAAACUCUGCGACAAGCAGUACAUCUAUGUGAAAAGUUUGAAACAGCACAUGGCAAUCCACACCGGGGAACGGAAAUACAUCUGUACGAUAUGCAACAAAUCGUACCGUCAAAUGACAUCGCUGGCCCGCCACAAGCGAAACCACUUCGAGGAACCGCAGAUUAAAUGUUCUGAGUGUGAUCACUUGUUCUACACCAAUGGUGAGCUGAACAAGCAUUUUAAGAAACAUUUACCGGAUAGGCCGUUUGCUUGCGAAAUUUGCGGCCGUGCUUUCUAUCGGAAGUGCAACCUGCGAACGCAUAUGAAGAUACACCUACCGAAGACAAAAAGUGGACCAAAAGCGGACAAAAAGUCACCUGAUGGUGCGGUCAGCGAUGAAGAAAUUACGGAUUACGAUACAUAAUUUGAUGAUCGCUCAUGUAUGUGGAAUUUCAUUUCUUGAGUUGUGAAUAAAAGAAAACAAAAAAAAAACGUUCCAUAUAAUGGUAUACCCAAACAAA